AUGGAGGCAAUACUUACAAGACGGAAUAGCAGGUCUUCUUCAUAUGAGAAGCUUGUGUUUGUAUGCUUGGGACUUCUAGCUGUGGUUUCACCUCUAUAUAUCAACAGAGCACCAGUUAUUGAUCCAGAGGUUGAUGAACAACCCAUCAAUCUUGCUCCUUGGUUGCCUCUGCUGCCCUUGGUGCUCAUCUUCGCCAUUGCUUUAUCGCUGUAUACAGACAGGGGCUUCACCAGGAGCAGAAGGAUUUCCUCGUAUGAGAAGUUUGUGGGACUUGGACUGGGGCUUCUAGCAGUGGUUUCACCACUUUAUAUUAACCGGAGACCAAACAGUGAUUUAGAGCUUGAAGAACAACCAAUUGACCUAAGUUCUUGGUUGCCCCUGCUGCUCUUGCUGCUGAUUCUGGCUAUUGCUUUGUCACUGUAUUUAGAUCAGAGUCUUACUAGGUUUGAUCCUUACUGGAUUCACAGAGUUGGUGGGUCUUCUGGUGGAAUCAUAGUUAUUCUUGUGAUUCUUGCGUUGGUUUUGAAGUGCAAGGCUUCUCAUGGAGUAAAGGCUGAAUGAAAGUGGAGGAAAAGAAGCUUCCUGUCAUAAUCUUUCAUCUUGAAUCA